CUUCUCCACCAUAAUACUUAUGGUACUUUACAUAACACCAGGAUUACUUCAGGUUGGCAGUUUUGUCAAUAAAAGAUAUUGAUCAUCUUCAGAGCUAUUUGUGUCUGUUUCUGUAGACAGAAUGGCAUUAGCAAGUGGACACUGGGUUGCCAAGGAAACAAAAGGUGAACCGCCAAGCCCCAGGCAUGGCCAUGCGCUAGCUGUGGCUGGGAAUAUAGCUUUCCUGUUUGGAGGGGUGUCCACCAUAUCCCAUGAGGAGGAUCAGCCUGUAUAUUUGAAUGACUUCUACAUGCUCACAGUUUCAGCCACUCACAUCACAUGGGAGGUGAUGCCACAGAAUGGGGUUGCACCCCCAGCAAGAGAAGGACACACACUUUGUGUGGUUAAAGGCAAGCUCUACCUGUUUGGAGGAGUGGCCAGUCCGCAGGCUGGAGAAUGUCUUCCUGGCGUCUACUGCUUUGACAUAGUGUCGUUGACGUGGGAGCGGCUCGCCAAAGGGGGUGUGUCUCUCAGAACCAUCAGACACAGUUCCUUCGCUGUGGGAGACAACAUUUAUGUCUAUGGUGGGCACCAAGACGGGGUCCCCACUGAUGACCUCAUGAUGUUCAACACAGCGUCUCUGAACUGGACCCCAGUCAAGACCACUGGCACUCUGCCAUCUGCAAGAUACAACCAGACGUUUGCUGUAGUCAGUGAGCAGGUGUUCAUGUUUGGGGGAUGUGCUGAGGAUGGCUGCUACUACAGAGACAUCCAUGUUCUCAACACGGAAUCCCUGGUGUGGCAGAGGUAUGGUGUGAAGGGGGAGUCGCCCCUGGCCUGUGCAGGUCAGACCCUCACAGCACAUCAUGACAAGGAUAUUUACUUGUUUGGUGGCAAAUGCACCAGUCAGGAUGGAACAGUCACAUCAACAAAUGAAAUUCAUAAAUUAAGCAUUGCUAAAAUGAAAUGGAAGGUGCCUCUCUAUGUGGGGAUUCCUCCGGCCCGACGUCAUGACCACACAGCCUUCAUCCUUCACAGCCAUAUGUAUGUAUUCGGUGGCAAAAAUGAAGAACAAGAAUUCAAUGACCUGAAGGUGAUGAAAUUGAUUAACCCAUCCGAAAGACAGCCAGUGAUGAAGGAGAUUCUAUCUGAGUUUGGGCUUCAGGGAGUCAGCCAUGGCUUCGCGCCGACAAAGGUCCCCAAUGUCAAGUAUGAGUUGAGUGAGUCUCCAUCGCUGUUUUCUGUGAGGACGGAUGCAGCUGCCUCUGCACAGGUUACAGCCCAAAGAGACUUCAGUGCCGUCCGAGAUGAGGCGAUGGAUAUGAUCCAUAAAGCUUUCUCCAUGCUUGAUGGAGAAUUCCAGAAGCUUGACAGAGAAAGGUCAGAGCUUGCUCAGUCUGCAGCUGCUCUUCAGUACAAGAGAGAAGCUCACGAAGCCCACCAUCAGCAACAGGAGGAGGAACUACGACAAAUGCUUGAGCGACACAGAGCCCAGAAUGAGACCUGGCUACGUGCACGGGCAGAGGAGAAUGACAAGGAAAGGAAGGGGCUGUGUAAACUCAGAGAGGAGGUUGUGCACGAGCAGGGGAGACUGAAAGAGGAGCAGGGAAACAUCCAGAAACGCAGCGAGCACCUCCUAUCCAUCAUGCAACAGUUUAAAGGCAUGUAAAGACACGUAAUCAUGGCAACCAACUGGAGGACGCAGACCUGUCGCGUUUGUGGGUGUGGCUUACUUCCCCAAGGAUGACCAACUCAAAAGCGUUUGUUUAAAGAAAAUGUGACAUUAAUUUGUGUUUUUCCACUGGUGUGUGUGUUUGAAUAGUUAGCAUUGCGUGCAUAGCUAAGAUUAAUUUUUGCUGUCUUUUGCCAGAUAGUCAUAAUAUCUUUAGCGAGACGGGGAUAAUUUUGACCCUGUCAAAAGAACAAACAUCACUCAAGGCAUUUGUUUAAACCUCUGGAAUGGUUGAUAAAAAUUCCUAGGACAUAUCAAAGUUGGUCAUGAUAGGUCUAAGCAAAAUGUUGGAAAGGAGAAUAAUUAACUGAGUUGUUGAUUGAUGUAGCCUAAUCAUGUUCAUAAAAUUUUUGAUUAUUUGG